GCAAAACCAUGAUCUAAAUAUGGCUGCUACUAUACAAAGCAGAACCCUAACGGCAGCCUGCCACUGUCGAUCAGUGCACUUCACGAUCUGUAUUCCGGAAAGCGCCCUCCCACUCAAGAUCCACCUGUGCCACUGCACCGUGUGUCGCUAUACGCAUGGAUCCCUCUGCAGCUUCCAUGCCCCACUCCCCGAAGACAUUCAGCCCCAGUUCAUCGCACCCUCAAACCUCGAUGGCUUGACUCCAUAUGCGCAUCCCAAGUCCAGUUCGACCCGGUACUUCUGUCGUACUUGUGGUUGCCAUGUUGGAGACCGGCAAGAUGUGGAUGGGCGAUGGGUGGUAUCCAGCGCGAUCUUCGAUCACAGCGGGGAUGAAAGUGUCUGGCAAAUUACUUCACACAUCCAUGCAGACGCUGGAAGCCAAGACGGGUUAUUUCACUUCCUAAGCCAAGUAAACGGCCGUGAACUCACCAGAUCAACCUCAACCCUAGACAGCCUAUGUUCUCGUAGCCCAGUAGAGAACAUCCCGAAGCUGCAAAGAAGCGCGGAUCAACAGCUCCACGCUUCCUGUCACUGUGGAGGGGUCACCUUCGAUAUCUCCCGGCCUCGUGAAGAUUUUGUGAACGAUCCUGGGAACCGUAAAUGGAUCCUUCCAGGAGGGAAAGACAAGUGGCUUGGAGUCUUCGAUGUCUGCGACACCUGCCGCUUGGUUAGUGGGGCGAAUGUUGCAGCAUGGAUGUUCGUUCCGCUGAACCACAUCUCCCCUUCCCCUCCGGACAAUUUGCUCAUCGGGUCUUCCAAGCGCUAUUACUCGAGCGAGGGGGUGGUGAGGACCUUUUGUGGUACUUGCGGGGCUGUCGUCUUUUAUAGCUGUGCUGAUCGACCGGAAAUAGCUGAUGUUGCGGUCGGUAUCUUGCGGGAUCCAGAGUCUGUGCUGGCAGAAGGCUGGAUAACUUGGAGGACUGGCCGUAUUGCCUAUUUAAAGGACGGUAUGAAAUAUGACGAGGGAUUUACGAAGGAACUAGAUCAGGGAUUGCAGGCAUGGGGAAGGGAGAAAUAUGGCAAAGUGGAGCUGUUUGAUGUAGCUUAGCUUGUAACGUAACCGUCUUUCUUGUAGAGUGUGAAUCCAAGUAUGCGUUAUGGAAAGCUAGCUCUAGA